AUGGACGACAUUCAAGAUGCUGUGAACUCCGGGGUUAACAUGGGUCUGACGUCGCUUCUACGAAGUGGCAACAAGUACCGCGACCUCGCUCUUUGCAUCGCUGUGCCGAUCGCAAUGAAGGUGAUCACCGAUCGCCAGGUGUUGAUUGACGUCUGGGAUUCCCUCAAGUCAACGCUUCACUGGGUAACUGCCCGACCCGACGAAUUCAUUCGAGAGAUAUCUUUCCUCGAAGGGCAAAAUUUGGAUACCGAUAAUGACGACUCCAGCGUCCUUGACACGACUCAGCGGAAUAAUAUAUUGCAGAAGGCUUUACGACUUUACAUCGAGGAAAAGUACCAUCUUGGGGGGAACAAUAUGGAGGUCUUCUUAGUAGCGCAUAGGACUAUCAAGUUGGAGAAGGAUCGGUAUGGUGACGCUGUUAUGUUCACAGGAAAUGCUCAACAGCUGCAGUCUUAUGAGGUCACUCGCCUCCCUUCUAAGGGGCAUUGGGUGUUGGUGGAUGAGGUCGAAGAUAUAUGGUUCAAACAAGAGGAGAUUGUUGACAAUGUUAAGACGACUAAGUCCAAUGGUGACUAUAAGACGACUACCAAUAACAAGAUCACAUCGUUUUUCAUCAAGUCCCGAGGCCUAGGCGCUGGUGACAGAGUCGAUGGAUUCAUCGGACGAGCUUAUGAUUGGUAUGUUCGGAAGAAGUUGGAGGAGGCGGAUGGUAGUCGUUAUUUCUAUAUUCGAACUAAGGAGGAGGAUGAAUUCAAGAAGUAUAGACUCAGUGAUUGCAAGUCCUUCGACAGCCUUUUCUUUCCCGAGAAGGACUCGCUCAUUAGACUUGUUGAUGAUUUUGUACAUAAAAGGGGAAAGUUUGCGAUAUCAGGAUUCCCGAACAAGUUAGGCUUGCUGUUGGACGGCCCUCCUGGUACUGGUAAGACUAGCUUGAUCAAAGCGUUGGCGCAGUAUACUAAUCGUAAUGUCGUCUGUGUGUCAUUGGAGAAGGUUAUGACCAAUCAAGAGCUCAUGGAUAUACUCUUCGACCUCUCCUUUCCUGUCAAGGGUGAUGAUGAACCACCAAAAUUGGAUUUUGCUGAUAUCAUAUUCGUUAUGGAGGAUGUCGAUGCAGCUUCCAAAGUGGUGUAUUCGCGAGGGUCCAUGGAUAAGGAGGGUGCGCACAGGGAAGAUUUGAAAGAUACUCCAACCAAGCCAUCUGAAGAUUCCAUGAGUGAGGCGGCUACUGGAUCAGUGGAGGAUAGUCAGCCAUCCAUGGAAAGGCUGAUCCAUGCGGUCACCACUGGUGUGUUGGCUGCCAAGAACAUCUCUGAUGAUCGAGCUCCAUCUAAGGGUAACGCGGAUGUCUUAAAAGAUACUGGCAGGAUUUCCUUGUUCGAUGAUCCCGAUAAGUUGUCCUUGUCUGGUCUCCUCAACGCUCUCGAUGGUAUUGUUGAUUCCCCUGGUAGGAUUCUGGUUAUGACCACUAACCACCCGGAGCGGUUGGACCCGGCGUUGAUACGCCCAGGGAGGAUCAACAAGCGGAUACAUAUGGGGUGGAUGAUGCCUGAUAUGGCCGCUCAAAUGCUCUCCCAUUAUCUCAGCGUUCGACCCUCUCCUGAGGAAGAGGCUGAAAUCGAACAUAUGUUUGGUAGUUUCAACAUUUCCCCCGCCACUUUGGAGCAAACCUGUGCAGAAUUCGAUACGAUUGGUGAAGUACUCGAGUCACUUAAGCUUGGACUGGAGCUGGAUGAUGAGGAGGAGGGGCAUCCAUCUCACUUGAAGAGGCAUUACAAUGAGAGUACUACUGCUGCCACUUCUGAGUCCUCACAACACGCAAUGGAGUUUCGUUGA